AUGACGGAUUUCGAACAAUCAAUAAUAAAUGCGACGAAAACAAUAAUUGGAGUUGGAAUACACACUUGUUUAUUUCAUCUUUGUCAAAGUCGUUAUCGUCGUAUACAGGCAGAAGGGUUACAAAGUCAGUAUAAUAAUCCAGAAAAUCGUAGCAUAAAGAUCGCAGCUCAGAUGACCGGUGCUUUAACGUUUGUGCCGCCAGAAAAAGUAGUCGAAUCAUUUGAUGUUUUAUUAGAACAAAUACCAGACGAGUAUAUGCCAAUUGCAGAAUAUUUUGAGAUAAAUUACAUCCGUGGGAGACAAGCCAGAGGUCGGAGGAAAGGAACUGAACCCAGAUUCCCUCCAAAACUGUGAAACCAGACCAUUCAGUACUCCAACGAUUGGCAAGAACAAAUAAUUUAUCAGAAGGCUGGCAUAAUCGGUUCCAAGUGGUUGUUGGACGACAACAUCCUAGUGUCUACUAAUUUUUCAAUGAACUUGGAAAAGAACAAGCUGACACUGAGUGCAUGUUAA